AUGGCUUCCAUGAGUAAGAGAACGCAGGCGCGCAAUGAACGAGAGCUGCAUGAGUUGUUGAACCUCCCCGGGAAUUCGACAUGCGCCGAUUGUGGCGCAAAGAAUCCAGCAUGGGCAAGCUGGAAUCUGGGUAUCUUCCUGUGCAUGCGAUGCGCUUCAUUGCACAGAAAACUCGGCACGCAUAUCAGCAAGGUCAAGUCCCUGAGCAUGGAUACAUGGUCAAACGAUCAAGUCGAGAAUAUGAAACGUCACGGAAACAAUGAAGUGAACAAAGUCUACAAUCCCAAGAACAAGAAGCCUGAUAUACCCCUUGAUGCAGACGAGGUAGACUCUGCGAUGGAGAGGUUCAUCCGCAGGAAAUACCAGGAAAAGAGUUUAGCAGAUGGCAGACCACAACCUCCACAACGCGAUGACCAUUCACAAACAACAUAUCCAAAGCCGCAACGUGCAGAAUCUCCCCCACCGCCGUUGCCUCCGAAGAAAGGGAAGCUCUUUGGUUUUAGUCUUCGAACGUCUUCCUCUGCACUCCCCCUGUCGAGACACGAUAAGAAAAAGGCUGCCAAAGAGAGAAAUAUAGACAGCAACUUUCAAGUACCUACAGAAGAUUACAAUUCGAUGUCGAGGAUGGCAGAUGCACGCUUCGAGAUGACGGAUUCCGAUCUCCAGAAGAAGCUUAACAUGCUCCUAGACAUGGGGUUUUCCGACGUCGAUCGCAACACCAACCUGCUGAGACGGCUGAAUGGAAACGUUGAAAGGACGAUUGCAACAUUGGUUCAGCUGGGUCCCAGCAGCGGCAGCAAGGAGGCUGCACCCAGGCCUCCUCCAGAAAGAGAACAUUCGACUGAGUUUCCGGACGUACCUACUACAUCGAAACCUUCGGAACCGUCGUACAAUCCCUUCACGCAAACAGCCGGUCAACCGACGGUUGGUCUCUCAAUGGACCAGCCUCAGAGACCUCCAGCUCAGCAAUAUAGCAGCAACAACCCGUUUGGACAACCAACACGAAGCCAGACGGAGACCGGCCUUGAACAGUCACUUCAAGCUUUGCAGGUCUCUCAGCCAUUGUUUCCUCACAGCACCGGUGGAUACCCUGCUCAACAAGCUCCUUUGCAAGACCCACGACUGCAGUACUCUAUGACUCCUCCCGUGCUAUCCUCGAAUCCUCAGCAAGGUUAUGCUGCAUCGCCUGCUGCUAUUUCCAUUCAGACGAACCCGUUCUUCCAGCCUGCUCCUCUAUCUACACAAUCCACAGGGAGUAAUCCAUUCCUCCAGCAACCUCAGUCCGCAACUACUCCUUCGAUGUCGACAAAUCCAUUUUUUGGCUUCCAGCCCCCACAACCAACACAGAGCCCAAUGCGCCAGAGCUCUCUCCCUGCCAACUUGAAUCCAUUCGGUAUUCCUCCGUUGCAGUCAACACAAACGACAUCGCAGCAACAGCAACAGCCUCCAGCUCGACCGGCAACACAAGCAUCAGACUUCUAUGGAGCUUCUCAGACAAGUGGAUAUGGCAAUCAGAACAACCCAUUCGACUUGCAACUACAACAACAACAAGAGCAGCACCACCAGACGUCCCAGCAUCAAAGUCCUCAAGCCUCCAUGGGCUACCAAACUUUUCAAUAUGGACAGCCCCAGUUCCAGCAGUCCCAGCCACACCAGCAACCUAAUUACCAACAAUACAAUCAACAACCCCAGGCUAUCAUGCCUCAGCAAACUGGUCGUUACGAUAAGAACUCGAUAAUGGCAUUAUAUAACUACUCUCAGCAGGGCAACCAACAACUCGCUUCGAUCCCUGAACCGGCAGAUCAGAACCAAGUGCAGCGACAGCAGCAUCCACAACAGGUUGUAUCACCCGCGCCAGCAGUCGACAUUUUCGGUCAACCAAAUGCCUUGACUCCGACGAAGCGAAGCUCGACAAUGCCCGUAUCUUUGUCGAAUAUGCACUCGGCUGGUGGUGGGGGAAACCGCAAUCCUUUCUUCGCGAAUGCAGUCAGUGCCAACGACUUUGGCGUCGGCUCACCCCCACAGGCAAACAUGAUGAUGCCGAACAACAUGGCUCAGGCUCAGAUGCAGUCCCCUCAAGGCAUUGCCGCAAGACACGCCAGUAGAGAGAGCAUGAUCAUCAGUGGCCUCGAAAAUGGCAGACACAGUCCAGAUGCGUUUGCGAGCUUGAGUGCAAGGUACCAAUGA